CGGCCACGGAAGGCCCCCGGCUCGGGGUGCGAGGCCGGCCGGCUGCCCGAUGGGUCGGCACAGCCGCUCCCGCUCGCGCUCGCCGGGGCGCCGGGGCCAUGGACGACGGCGGGAGCGCGGGGCGCACGAUCGGCGGGGGAGCCGGGAGCGCAGCAGGUGGCUGUGCUCCCGGGGCCUGUCCCCUGACCCACCCCUGUCGCCCAGGUCUGGCUCCGAGGACGGCCGCAGGCAGCGGCGCAGCCAGAGCCCCCGGCCCCGCAGGCGGCGAUCACGCUCGGGCUCCGGAGAGGCGCGGCGGGCGCGGCGCUCCUGGUCCCGGGGCUCGUCGUCCGGCAGCCGCACGCACAGCCCCACCGAGGCCGAGGCGGCCCUGAGCCGGCAGCAGAGGCUGCAGGAGCGGCUGCGGCUGCGGCAGGAGCGCAAGCAGCAGGAGGAGCUGCUCAAGGCCUUUGAGACGCCCGAGGAGAAGCGCGCGCGCCGGCUGGCCAAGAAGGAGGCCAAGGAGCGCAAGAAGCGGGAGAAGAUGGGCUGGGGCGAGGAGUACCUGGGCUACACCAACACCGACAACCCCUUCGGGGACAACAAUCUGCUGGGCACCUUCAUCUGGAACAAGGCGCUGGAGAAGAAAGGCAUCAGCCACCUGGAGGAGAAGGAGCUGAAGGAGCGUAACAAGCGCAUCCAGGAGGACAACCGGCUGGAGCUGCAGAAGGUGAAGCAGCUCCGACUGGAGCGCGAGCGGGAGAAGGCCAUGCGGGAGCAGGAGCUGGAGCUGCUGCAGCGGGAGAAGGAGGCCGAGCACUUCAAGACGUGGGAGGAGCAGGAGGACAACUUCCACCUGCAGCAGGCCAAGCUGCGCUCCAAGAUCCGCAUCCGGGACGGGCGGGCCAAGCCCAUCGACCUGCUGGCCAAGUACAUCAGCGCCGAGGACGACGACCUGGCCGUGGAGAUGCACGAGCCCUACACCUUCCUCAACGGCCUCACCGUGGCCGACAUGGAGGACCUGCUGGAGGACAUCCAGGUCUAUAUGGAGCUGGAGCAGGGCAAGAAUGCCGAUUUCUGGCGGGACAUGACGGUCAUCACUGAGGACGAGACGGCCAAGCUGCGGAAGCUGGAGGCCUCGGGCAAGGGCCCAGGCGAGCGCCGAGAGGGGGUCAACGCCUCGGUCAGCUCGGACGUGCAGUCGGUGUUCAAGGGCAAGACGUACAGCCAGCUGCAGGUCAUCUUCCAGGGCAUCGAGGGCAAGAUCCGGGCGGGCGGCCCCAACCUGGACAUGGGCUACUGGGAGAGCCUGCUGCAGCAGCUGCGCGCACACAUGGCCCGGGCCAGGCUCCGUGAGCGCCACCAGGACGUGCUGCGGCAGAAGCUGUACAAGCUGAAACAGGAGCAGGGCGUGGAGAGCCAGCCGCUGUUCCCCAUCAUCAAGACUGAACCCCACUCCCCCAGCCACAGCCUGCAGCCCGAGCCCCCGGCACCCAGCCCCCCGGGACCCUCGGGCACUGACGGGGCCCCCACCGAGCCCGAGGCCGAGGACGCAGCACCGCCGGCCGAGGGUGAGGGCGACGGCGAGGGUGACGGGGAGGCCGUGCUCAUGGAGGAGGACCUGAUCCAGCAGAGCCUGGACGACUACGACGCCGGCAAGUACAGCCCGCGGCUGCUGUCGGCCCACGAGCUGCCGCUGGACGCGCACGUGCUGGAGCCCGACGAGGACCUGCAGCGCCUGCAGCUGUCCAGGCAGCAGCUGCAGGUCACGGGGGACGCGAGCGAGAGCGCCGAGGACAUCUUCUUCCGCCGGGCGCGCGAGGGCAUGGGGCAGGACGAGGCGCAGUUCAGCGUGGAGAUGCCGCUGAGCGGCCGCGCCUACCUGUGGGCCGACAAGUACCGGCCGCGCAAGCCGCGCUUCUUCAACCGCGUGCACACGGGCUUCGAGUGGAACAAGUACAACCAGACGCACUACGACUUCGACAACCCGCCGCCCAAGAUCGUGCAGGGCUACAAGUUCAACAUCUUCUACCCCGACCUCAUCGACAAGCGCGCCACGCCCGAGUACUUCCUGGAGGCCUGCGCCGACAACCGCGACUUCGCCGUGCUGCGCUUCCACGCGGGGCCGCCCUACGAGGACAUCGCCUUCAAGAUCGUCAACCGCGAGUGGGAGUACUCGCACCGCCACGGCUUCCGCUGCCAGUUCGCCAACGGCAUCUUCCAGCUCUGGUUCCACUUCAAGCGGUACCGCUACCGCCGCUGAGCCGGGGACACCGGGCACCCCGGGACUGCUGGGCCCUGGCAGGGGCACCCCGGGACUGCUGGGCCCUGGCAGGGGCACCCCGGGACUGCUGGGCCCUGGCAGGGGCACCCCGGGACUGCUGGGCCCUGGCAGGGGCACCCCGGGACUUCCUGGGGGCCUGCAGGAACCCGGCCGCGGCACCCUGAGGUCCUGCAGCGCUUAGCUGCCCCAGGUGGGCGUGCAGGGGCCGUGGCCCGCCGUCAGCACCUGCCCGCGCUGGCCGGGUCCUG